AUGGUGGACUCGCAAUUCUGUGGGAACACCGUUUCUAUGGUCAAAGUUUACCUUUUGAGCUGGACCUUGAAACUGGGAUCGCAGUGGAUGGUUAUGAGGCAUACAAAUAUCACACUGUUGAGCAAGUUUGUUAACCCCCUCCAUCUCCUUACGCUGCCUACUUACUCGGUGCAGGCUCUACAGGACACGGUCUACUUUUCGGAGAACUUUCAUCCACCCACCCUUAGCAGGUUUUGGUCCGCUUUAUCCCCACACAACACACCAUGGGUUUUUAUCGGCGGAAGCUACCCUGGCAUUCGCGCCGCCCUAGCACGGAAACGCAACCCCGAGACAUGGUUCGCCAGCUGGGCAUCCUCAGCACCCGUUCAAGCACAGGUCGACAUGUCCGUAUACUACAGCACUAUGCAACACGUCAUUCCCAGAAACUGCUCGAUGGACCUACACGCUGCAGUAACACACGCCGAUACCAUAUUGGAUAGUGGGACACAUGAGGAGAUAGCUGAAGUCCGACAAGCAGUGUACAUGACAGGACUGUUGGUCUCAUUGGACUCACCGGGGUUAAGAGCUGGCAUACUUUCACCUUACAAGGACUUCCCAACUUCGCCAUCCGAGAUGAGUCUGUGGACGAUCGCGCAGAUACUGGCCAUUCCCUUCCAGCACACAUCCCGCAGUUUCCAGAUGCAGGGAUUUUCCCAGUCACUGCGACAAUUCUGUGACGAUAUGGAGCAUUACAACAUCAAAUCCGCACCUCCUUUUCCUUCUCCGUCUUUGGCGGAGGAGUCCAAUCUGGCUUCCUGGGUUGAAUUUCUAGAAAGCCCUCUGCGUAACAAGCAGAUGCCUACUUCGAUUGGUUUGGCUACCACACACAACUCGUCCACAGCUUUCAAUGCGCUCCUUUCAGCUAUCUACCGAAAGGUCAAAGAUGAGAGAAGUAAGGAAAGCACAUCUCCACUAGGUGCAUCGCCAUUUCCGGCAGAUCGUAUAAGUUGGAUGUGGCAGUACUGCAGCGAGUUCGGCUAUCUCCAGGUGAGGCUGAUUCACAACCACCAUGCCAUCUUAGCUGACAAGAAGGACCAGGUGGCCAAUAUUAGCAACCCACUGAACUUCAUUUCACGAUUCUACAACGUUUCAAGUACACAAUCCUUAGUCUGCAAAUCAAUAUUCCCAUACCUACCAACGCUCACAACCCCCAAUGUAAGCUCAAUCAAUCAGUAUGGAGGCUGGAAUAUCAGCGUGUCUAAUGUCAUGUUUUCGAACGGACAAUACGACCCGUGGCGAGUUCUAGGGGUCCAUGCGGACACAACCAUCAAUCCAAGCGCCCUAAUCAGACAAUCGACAAAGGUCAUUCCCAAGUGCAAUGAUGUUCCACAAGACAAUGCGGUGUUUGGCCAGUGUUACGGUGGUCAGGUCCACGUUAGCGAUCUUCUGGCCUCAAUGAACACUCCAAUUUCUGGACAGCCAUCCCCUUUUGAGCUUGGCUUUAUUCUGUUUUCAGAUGCUCUCAAGGAGUGGUUUCAAUGUUUCAAUAAUUCCAAUUAG